AUGCAUUCAACAAUUUUGUCAAUUUUGCUCCUCACAUUUGCAGUCUUAUCAUCUGCAGCGAUUGAGAAGCGGGAUAGCGUAGCUCCCACGACUACAUCCGGGUCCAACUUUGCAUCGAUAUCAGCGAUUUUAGGCUCCCUCGCGUCAGCCCUAAGCACCGCAACACCCGCUCCAGGCGUUACACCAGUAGCAGUCCAAACCGCCAACUUGAGCAACAUCGCCGAACCACCCGCAGGCUUCAUCCCCGCUAUAAUGACUGCUGUACCCUUAUCUGUACUGGGUGAUCUGCUCGACUCUAGCUCGCGAAGCUCAUUAGCUGCCGAGUUCCAGAACGGGUCUACACCAGCCUGGUAUCAGUCCCUACCGGCAUCGAUAAAGAGUUAUAUUGCCGAGGUGAAUUCGCAGAUUCAUGCAGGAGCGUUGUAUGCGAAUACGUCUGUUGCGGUGGCGACGUCGAGUAGUACGGCAUUGGCGGCGCAGAGGGCUGUUGCGCCGACGGGGGUUGCCAUGGGGGUCAAUGUGCUUGGUGCUUUAGGUGUGGCUGGAUUGGCGAUGGUUUUGUGA